GUGAGUUUAUCCCGAUUUUAAAAAGCAUAAAUGGGAAAUUUCGCGAAAACGUUCUGCCGGCUCUGCCGCAAUGUCAUAACUGAUGGAAAUUUUAAAGUAAUAGAAGAAACUAUUAAAGAAGUUCUAGAGAUUCUUCUCGUGAAACUAUGUGCGGAAGAAAAAACAGAGCCUGUAAUAUGCAUUGCUUGUUCCACUACAGUAUUGGCGGCAUUUCAGUUCAAGGCAACCUGUAUGGACACGGAGGAUAGUAUUUUUCCUUACGUUAAUUCUGAAAAGGUGGCGUCUGUUGAUUUAAGAGAGAUUUAUCUCAAGAUACGGGGUAAAGAACAUUUGAGAGCAAUAUUGGAAGAUGAGAGAAUUUGUCGAUUGUGUAUGCAGAUGGACACCUGUGGAUUUACAUCGGUAGAGGAUGUGGAAAUUGACAUAAUCCAAAAAUGUAUCCCAGAAAUAAAUUUUAAUUCCACCAAGGAGCCGGUGGUAUGUGCAGGUUGUCUGGAUUCUCUGAACGCUCACAGCAGUUUAAUAAAAAAGUGUCUAGAUGUUGAGGAACAAAUGAAAAAUUUUCAUGUAGACAAAGAGAGUCUGUUGUGUGCUAAGACUGAUGAGAUUGAAAUAAAAUCUGAGGAACCCGAUAACGAUAGUGACUCUGCUCUCCGUAAUGAUCACGAAUGGACCAUCCAGCAGAAGGGUAAUUUAAAAUUUAAUCUGUACAAAUGCCAUGCAUGCGAUUUGAAAUACAAGCACAGGAGCAACCUUUCACGCCAUCAAAAAAGUCACAAAGAUCCUAGGAAGCGGUUGUACAAGUGUGAUAAGUGCGACUUCAAAGCUUAUCGUAACGAUCUUCUCACACGACAUCAGGUCAAACACAAAAACCCGUCUGAGGUGCAAAUGUACCACUGCAAUACAUGUGACUUCAGAACUAAAUAUAAGCCGUCCCUCAGAAAUCAUCUACUGUCACACAAAGAUUAUUCUAAAGAGUCGAUGUAUGAAUGUCAGUCAUGUCGUAUGAAGUAUAAGCACAAAAAUAGUCUUUUGCGUCAUAAGCUAAUUCACAAAGACAUUCCUAAAAUAGGAACAUAUGAAUGUAUAACAUGCGGCUUCAAAGCCAAACAUAAGUACCACCUUACACGACACCAGCUCAAACAUGAAAGUCUGGUCGAGAGGCAAACAUACAAGUGUGAUACGUGCAACUUCAUAUCCUGCAAUAAUUACAGUCUCACACGGCAUCAGCUCAAACACACAAGCCCGUCUGAGGUGCAAAUGUACCACUGUAAUACAUGUGGCUUCAGAACUAAAUAUAAACAAUCUCUCACAAGUCAUUUACUGUCACACGAAGAUUGUUCGAAAGAGUCGAUAUAUGAAUGUCAGUUAUGUUGUAUGAAGUACAAGUACCAAAGUAAUCUUUCACGCCAUCAGCUAGUUCACAAAGACAUUUCUAAGAAGACGGUGUACAAGUGUGAUAAGUGCGACUUCAAAGCUUAUCGUAAUGAUCUUCUCACACGACAUCAGAUCAAACACAAAAGCCCGUCUGAGGUGCAAAUGUACCACUGCAAUACAUGCGACUUCAGAACUAAAUAUAAACCGUCUCUCAAAAAUCAUCUAGCGGCACACAAAGAUUAUUCCAAAGUCUGUAUAUGAAUGUCAGUCCUGCUAUAUGACGUACAAGCACAAAAGUAAUCUUUCGCGCCAUAAGCUAAUUCACAAAGACAUUUCUAAAAUAAGAACGUACGAAUGCGUAACAUUCAAUACCAAACGUAAGGACCGCCUUACACGACACCAGCUCAAACACAGGCCCUGUAUUAGGUGUGCAAAUGUACCAUUGUCACACGUGCGAUUUCAAAACUAAACAAAAGAAGCACCUUUCAAGAUAUCAAGACAUCAGUUAAUACACAAAUAUUAUGGAAAGUAGGGAUGUUAUUCAGGAUUAUUCAGUAAACAUAAAAAAGUUACAGUUAAUUCACUUUGUGGAAACUGAUAUCAUUUGUGACGUGACAUUUCAGGAAAAAGGUGUCACAUUAUGAACAUCCAUGGGCAUCGUACAAAAAUUUUCUGUGAGAGUUACUAGGGGGUACGAAAUAUUGAUUACAUUUGUAAAAAUUUCUAUUUGCUUCAUUUCUUUACUCUGCUUUGUAUUAAUAAACAAUGGUCUCCGAUAAAGUGCAAAAAAUUUAGAAGGUAACGCAAUAUUAAUGAAGAUAAAUAGUUAUUUUCCAGUUUGUUUAAGUUACAAUACUAUCGUUUAGUCAGCCGUGAUUUUCUCGAAAACGGUUAGUUGUAUAAAAAAAAUUUAGAGCCAAAAUUGAAGAUCAUUGCAUUACUGAUUAGAUGGUGGAUAAAUUUGAAAAUUUUUCACGGUAAAUAGUUAAUAAAAUUUAAAAAUAUGGUGUGCAUUGGACUCUUCAUCAGCCAAUAUCUCAGAAACGGUUGGCCUGAGAGAUUUCCAACAAGUAUACCUUUUUUGUUGAAAAUUGAUAGGGGAAAGUCUAGUAUGCAACGUCAAUGUACAAGGUAGCAAAAAAGUUAGGGCCAAUUUAAUUCAAGCGUACCCUUAUAGGUGGCACCCAGUUCAAUCAGCAUCAAAACCAAUGAAAUAUUUAAAUUUAGCAUUCUAAAAAACUGUAGUACCUCAAGUUUAUGCCAACAUUUUUGUUUGGAAAUUAUUACUAAAAAAUUAAAAUAAAAAACUAACAUCCUGUAUACCGAAAUCUAAGCAUUUGUGGAUCCAUGUUUAUAGGAGAAAGGUCUUCUUUUGACCUCAAAAAUAUACCCCUAAAUUAUUUGUACGGAAUUUUGAAUCGCCCUAUAUAAUCUUUAUAUUCAUAUUUUUUACUUUGAAUCAGCAAAAGUGUUUUUAAUACAGUCAAUACCCUAGAAUACCAACCAAUAGUAUUCAUAAAACGCUAAUGGACAAUAUUUGGCCAUCUCUUGGUGAUAUAAAAUUAUAUCUGGCGGUAAAUUUAAAUUGUUUAGAAGUACAUCUUACAAAAAUUAAUUGUUUUUGUUUUUACUAUCGUCUUCUACAAACUGCGAAUUUAUUUGUAUACCUACUGGUAAAUAAUAAAUUCACAGAUGUAAAGGCAAGUAAAAAAUUAUUACAACAUAUUAAUUUAAAUUUGUAUAAAAUAAAAAAACGUGUAAGAUACGUCAAUGUUUACAAUAAAUACUGAUUUCAAACAGCUCUAGUACUGAUUUUCUAGGAGUUAAAGUACAGUUAAAAAUGUUUCUGUAGUUUCUGAUUCAUUUAUGUCUAA